ACUUCGCCUACUGACAGCAACUCGCCUAUGGCCGCUUCUGCAAUGACCAUGCAGGCGGUCGGCGUCAACAUGAACAACGAUGAGCAUCGACCAGACCUCCCGCGGCCCUACAAGUGUCCUUUGUGUGACAAGGCGUUUCACCGUCUUGAACAUCAAACGCGCCACAUUCGGACGCACACGGGCGAGAAACCACAUGCGUGUCAGUUCCCGGGCUGCACAAAGCGGUUCAGUAGGUCCGAUGAGUUGACUCGCCACUCGCGGAUACACAACAACCCAAACUCGAGAAGAGGGCAAAAGCAGCACAGCGCCACGGCAGCGGCUGCAGCUGCCGCGAUCCAGAAUGUGCAACAGACGGGUGGGCUUCCACAGCCAAAUCAGAUGAUGCCCCCACCACCGCAAAGAAACACGCAUUCUGCACCUAACUCCCAACUUAGCUCACCAAAUGUGUCUCCGCCGCAUUCUUAUGCUGCGACAUACACCAGCAAUCCCGGGUCGUACAUCACUCGCAACGUCAGUGGAGACAUUAGUCCGGCUGCUGGGCCGUUCCACCGACCGAUGGACAUCAAUCUUCUAGCCACCGCAGCUUCCGAAGUUGAACGCGAAAACCACGCGCAUCUACCCAACCAGCAUCUUUCGCUGCCCACCGGAGCGUACUCGACUCAAUCGUACCGUCAUCCUUAUCACACAGGCCGCAUGCCAUCACUUUCAUCCUACCACUACUCAUCGAACCCGACAUCACAACCAAUGUCACGCUCUCACUCUCAAGAAGAUGACGAAGCUGCGCAUCGUGCGGCGAAGAAAUCGCGGCCAGGCUCCCCUCAGUCGACCGCGCCACCAUCUCCGGAGUUCCCGCAUGAGUCCACUUCUCCUACGCCUGACCACACACCGCUCGCGACACCGUCACAUUCGCCGCGUCUGCGACCUCAGUACUUCCACAACGGUGUGCAGCUUCCGACUUUACAUCAUCUCUCACUGCACCACCAGCCGCCACCUGCGCUUGCGCCUGUUGAGCCUUCAGCUGAUGGGCAGCAGCCUUACGUGCCAACUCACCAUAGUGGUCUGCGUAUCAGCGAGAUCAUGGAAGCCGGUGACGGUGCGCAGAGGAAGCUUCCUAUUCCCAUGGUGCCGGUUAAAGACAACAGCUACACGAAGAUUAGCGAGCUCAAAGACCCAGGAAGCGGUAUGAGCAGCGGUCAAAGUAGCAGUAGAGUCAGCGAAGCUGGCAAUGACUUGCAAGAUCGCAUGUAG